AUGGCUCAGGACAGCGAACUGCCCAAGGCGGCCGACAAGGGCAAGGGCAAGGCCGUCGACGAUGCGAAGAAGGAUAAACCCUUGGCAAAUGGGAAGAAGGAGGAUGACAAGGUUGAGGCUGCCGAGGAAGAGCUCAACGAGGAGGAUCAGCAACUCAAGAACGAACUGGACAUGAUGGUUGAGCGCUUGACAGAGUCAAACAAGGAUCUCUACAAGCCCGCCCUGGAAGCGAUGAAGACCUCCAUUAAGACCUCGACGUCAUCCAUGACCGCAGUACCGAAGCCGUUGAAGUUCCUGCGACCACACUAUGAGCCGUUGAUCAAGCUUUACGAUGAGUGGCCAGAGGGUGACGACAAGACCUCCCUCGCGGAUGUUCUCUCCGUCAUCGGCAUGACGUUUUCGGACGAGGAUCGACAAGACACCCUUAAGUACCGACUUCUGGCGCCAACGUCUGAUAUCAGCUCUUGGGGACACGAGUAUGUUCGACAUUUGGCGCUGGAGAUUGGUGAAGUGUAUGGCAAGCGAAUCACAACAGACGAACCCACGAAGGACUUGGUUGACCUCGCCAUGAUAUUAAUUCCCCUCUUCCUCAAGAGCAACGCCGAGGCUGAUGCCGUGGACCUUAUGAGCGAGCUGGAGAUCAUUGAGGAGAUCCCCAAGUUUGUUGACGAGAACACCUACGCGAGAGUGUGUCUAUACAUGUCCAGCAUGGUCAACCUUCUCACUUACCCCGAUAAUGAGAACUUCCUCAAGACGGCGCACGACAUCUAUAUCGAGUACAAGCAGUUUGCCCAGGCGAUGGUUCUUGCUAUUCGACUCCAUGACGUCGACCUGAUCAAGGCCGACUUCGACAAGGCCGAGGACCCCGCUUUGAAGAAGCAGCUGGCAUUCUUGAUCGCCCGCCAACGGAUAGUCUUGGAGCUUCCUGGUGAUUCGGAGGAGGAGCAGGAAACAUCGGAGUGCCUUUCCAACCUGAAGCUAUCCGAGCACUUCAAGGCCCUCGGCAAAGAGCUCAACAUUCUAGAUCCCAAGACCACGGAGGAUAUCUACAAGAGCCAUCUUGAGAGCAGCCGUGUUGCAGGGAUGACCAACCUGGACUCCGCCCGUCAUAACCUUGCCGCUGCAUUCGUCAACGCGUUUGUCAAUGCUGGAUUUGGUAACGACAAGAUGAUGCUCGUGGAUGGCGAGAAGGAGACUUGGGUGUGGAAGACCAAGGCUGAUGGUAUGAUGUCGACCGUCGCCUCUAUGGGUACCCUUCUCCUAUGGGAUAUCGAGAACGGACUGGACAAGAUCGACAGAUACACCUACUCUUCCGAGCCCGAGAUCUCGGCUGGUGCUAUGCUUGCUAUUGGCAUCAUGAACUCAGGCGUUCAGAUCGAUUCAGAGCCUGCCCUUGCUCUGCUAGGCGACUCCGACAAGUUGCACCACACUAACCCCCUUAUCCGAACAGCUUGCAUCAUGGGCUUGGGCCUAUCCUACGCUGGCUCCAACAAAGAAGAUGUCCUUGAGCUGCUUCUGCCCAUCAUCUCUGACUCGACUCAGGACAUGCAGAUCUCGGCUAUGGCGGCGUUGUCUUGCGGUCUCAUCUUUGUUGGCUCUUCUCACCCCGAAGUCAGCGAGGCCAUCAUCACUACUUUGAUGGACGAUGACCGAAAGAGCCAAUUGACCGACAAGUGGACACGAUUUCUGGCUUUGGGCCUGGGUCUUCUUUUCUUCGGGCGACAGGAAGAGGUCGACGUUAUCCUGGAGACACUCAAGGCCAUCGACCACCCCAUGGCUAAGGCCACUGCUGUCCUCGCUGAGAUUUGCGCCUGGGCCGGUACCGGUGCUGUGUUGAAAAUUCAGGAGCUGCUUCAUAUCUGCAACGAGCACCAGGAGGAGUCUGAUGAGAAGAAGGGAGACGAGCUUCUCCAGGCUUAUGCCGUCAUCGGUAUUGCCUUGGUGGCUAUGGGCGAGGAUGUUGGCCAGGAGAUGGUCCUGCGCCAGUUCGGCCACCUCAUGCACUACGGCGAGGCCAAUAUCCGCAAAGCUGUUCCCCUGGCUUUGGGUCUUAUCAGCCCUAGCAACCCUCAGAUGAAGGUUUAUGACACUCUGUCGAGAUACAGUCACGACAACGACCCCGAGGUCGCCAUCAAUGCCAUCUUCGCCAUGGGUCUGCUGGGUGCCGGAACCAACAACGCUCGGUUAGCCCAGUUGCUUCGACAGCUAGCCAGCUACUACCACCGUGACCAGGACGCCUUGUUCAUGGUGCGCAUCGCCCAAGGUCUCCUCCACAUGGGCAAGGGAACCCUGUCGAUCAGCCCCUUCCACACUGAUCGCCAAGUCCUAUCCCGCGUCUCGGCAGCUGGCCUCCUCGCCACUAUCCUGGCCAUGAUCGAACCCAAGGAGUUCAUCACCACCAAUUCGCACUACCUCCUCUACUUCCUCGUUACCGCCAUGCACCCCCGCUUCCUCGUUACUCUGGACGAGAACCACAAACCCCUCAAGGUCAAUGUUCGCGUUGGUCAGGCUGUCGAUGUCGUGGGCCAGGCUGGUCGACCCAAGACCAUCACUGGUUGGCAAACUCAGAGCACCCCUGUUGUGCUUGCCUACGGUGAGCGCGCGGAGCUGGAGGAUGAGGAAUACAUCAGCCUGAACAGCACCCUGGAGGGUUUGGUGAUUCUGCGAAAGGUAAGUCUACAACAUACCUCUGAGCAAAUAUGA